AUGUUACCUUCUUCUGAAAACGGAUCCAACAAACUUCAUAACAAUCCUACGUUUGGGCGCCGAGAUAGAAGAGAUAGUCUCGACUCCUUCGAUUUGCAAUUCAAUAACUCUUUUGACGCAGCUCUAGAUAACUUAAAGAUAAAUAACAACUCAGAGAAUUUAAGUAGAAAGUCAAUUUCUGAUAGUAAGGAAAACUUCGAAAUGACAUCGGUGGCCGGCAUGGAAUCCUUUCGGUCAACUAACCAAAAUAAAUCAAUGGAUAGAGAUAAUCGUCCUUUAAUACGCAACAACGAAGAUAACUCUACAAACGAUGAAAAUCCUCGUAAAUUCCAAAGUAUUCCAAGAACAGGACCAAUAGAUUCGGUUGUAACAAUGUUUAGAAAUGCAUUCUCAACUGGAGGUUUCAGUUUGGGUAAAAAUAAAUCAUCCAUAUCUUUAAAUGAUGAUCUCACGGAAAGAGAAAUAUAUCCUGAUACUACUCCAAUAUAUGACAAGCAUAAGUAUCCUUCAAAUGAAGUAUCUAAUGCCAAGUAUAAUGCUGUGACGUUUGUGCCUACCUUGUUAUAUGAACAAUUUAAGUUUUUUUACAACCUGUACUUUUUGGUCGUUGCGUUAUCACAAGCUGUUCCUGUGUUAAGGAUUGGUUAUUUGUCUUCAUAUAUCGUUCCAUUGGGAUUUGUGUUAACUGUUACUAUGUUGAAGGAAGCUAUGGACGACAUUCAAAGGAGAAGACGUGAUAGAGAGUCCAAUAAUGAGUUGUAUCAGGUAUUGGGGAAACAGACGUUAGUUCCAAGUAAAGAUCUAAAGGUUGGUGAUAUCAUUAAAUUAAAUAAAGGUGAUAGAGUGCCUGCAGAUUUAGUGCUUUUACAAUCAAGUGAGCCUUCAGGAGAGUCAUUUAUUAAAACAGAUCAAUUAGAUGGUGAAACAGAUUGGAAAUUAAGAAUUUCAUGCCCACUUACACAAAAUGUUACCGAGGAAGACCUUCAAAACAAAAUCAGUUUAACAGCAUCUGCGCCAGAAAAGUCAAUUAAUAGAUUUCUUGGUAAGCUAACAUAUAAAGGUUCAUCAUCUUCGCCACUAAGUGUCGAUAACACAUUAUGGGCAAAUACAGUGGUCGCAUCAACUGGUCACUGUAUAGCCUGCGUUAUAUAUACUGGGAGAGAUACAAGACAAGCUAUGAACACUACUUCCCCAACAGUAAAAACCGGUUUGUUAGAGUUAGAAAUCAAUAGCAUUUCCAAAAUUCUAUGUGCAUGUGUUUUUAUACUGUCUAUAAUGUUGGUUGUUUUUGCCGGUUUCAACAAUGCCGACUGGUACGUUGAUAUAAUGCGUUAUUUGAUUUUAUUCUCCACAAUUAUUCCUGUUUCAUUAAGAGUGAACUUAGAUUUGGCGAAGUCUGUGUAUGCCUAUCAAAUAGAACAUGACGAUACAAUUAAGGAAACAAUAGUUAGGACAAGUACUAUUCCGGAAGAUCUUGGUCGUGUUGAAUAUUUAUUAAGCGAUAAAACUGGUACAUUAACCCAGAAUGAUAUGCAACUAAAAAAGAUUCACCUUGGUUCAUCCGCUUUUAGCUCCGAAUCAAUGGAUAUGGUGGCUGACUACGUAGCAGACUUGGUGGGCGCAAAUGGGAAGAGUUUUGGCAAUAGUAACCCAUCGAAAAAAAGUAAUGAGAUAGGGUCGAGAGUACGAGAUUUGGUUGUUACACUUGCUAUUUGCCAUAACGUUACACCAACUUUUGAGGAUGAUGAAAUAACAUACCAAGCUGCAUCUCCUGAUGAAAUUGCUAUUGUCAAAUUUACGGAAUCCGUAGGUUUAUCGCUUUUCAAGAGAGACCGUCACUCGAUCACAUUAUUACACACUGCCACCGGGACAACAAUGUCAUAUCAAAUUCUACAAGUUUUUCCAUUCAACUCAGAUACAAAACGUAUGGGUAUUAUCGUAUAUGAAGAACAAACUGAAGAGUAUUGGUUUUUCGAAAAAGGUGCAGAUACAGUCAUGGCGAAAAUUGUCGAGAGUAAUGUUUGGCUUGAGGAAGAAACUGGUAAUAUGGCUCGUGAAGGUUUAAGAACGUUAGUGAUUGGUAAAAAGAAAUUAACGAAGAAGGUAUACGAACAAUUUAAGGAAGCUUACUCCAGGGCAUCAUUAUCAAUGUUAAAUCGUGACACAGAAAUGGCUGGCGUGAUUACAAAGUAUCUAGAACAUGACUUAGAACUACAAGGGUUGACAGGUGUCGAAGAUAAAUUGCAAAAGGAUGUUAAAUCUUCUAUCGAGUUACUAAGAAAUGCAGGUAUUAAAAUCUGGAUGUUAACAGGUGAUAAAGUAGAAACUGCACGCUGCGUUUCUAUUAGUGCGAAAUUGAUUGCCCGUGGUCAAUAUGUCCAUAUAAUUACAAAGCUCACAAAACCAGAAGGUGCAUUAAGCCAGCUGGAAUAUCUGAAGGUAAACAGAAAUGCUUGCCUGUUAAUAGAUGGUGAUUCGUUGGGGAUGUUCUUACAUUAUUAUAGACAAGAAUUUUUUGAUGUUGCUAUCUUUCUUCCGACUGUUAUCGCCUGUCGUUGUACUCCACAGCAAAAAGCUGAUGUCGCUUUGAUUAUUCGUGAAUUAACUGGUAAAAGAGUCUGCUGCAUUGGUGAUGGUGGUAAUGAUGUUAGUAUGAUUCAAAGUGCCGAUGUUGGUGUAGGUAUCGUAGGUAAGGAAGGUAAACAAGCUUCCCUCGCAGCUGACUUUUCAAUAACCCAAUUCUGUCAUUUAACUGAAUUAUUACUUUGGCAUGGUAGAAACUCUUAUAAAAGAUCAGCUAAGCUAGCCCAAUUUGUAAUGCAUAGAGGGCUUAUUAUUGCUGUUUGUCAAGCUGUCUUUUCCGUAUGUUCAAAGUUUGAACCAAUUGCCCUUUAUCAAGGCUGGCUAAUGGUUGGUUAUGCAACUUGUUAUACAAUGGCACCGGUCUUCUCCUUAACGCUGGAUCAUGACAUUGAUGAAUCGUUAACAAAAAUGUAUCCAGAGUUAUACAAGGAUUUGACAGAAGGUAAAAGUUUAUCAUAUAAAACAUUCUUUGUUUGGUGUGCAUUAUCAAUGUAUCAAGGUUGUGUUAUUCAAGGAUUCUCCCAAUCAUUUACUGGUAUCGAAGAAAUUUACUUCCUAAAGAUGGUAGCGAUUAGUUUUACAGUGUUGGUAUUUAAUGAGUUGGUCAUGGUUGCAUUAGAAAUAAACACUUGGAAUAAGAUUAUGGCCGCCACUGAACUAUUGACCUUCCUAUUAUACGUGGUAUCGAUACCUUUCUUGUCUGAAUAUUUUGAUCUUGAAUAUAUGAAGUCAUUAAGGUUUAUUGGUGAGCUUUUAUUUAUACUAUUAAUAUCAGUUUUUCCAGUCUGGGCAGCAAAAUCUAUAUAUAGAGGUCUACAUCCACCAAGUUACGCAAAAGUUCAAGAAUUUUCUGGCGUAUGA